UUCAAACCUCCAUUAUGAGAAAAUUCGUCUCAUAAUUUUGGUAUAGAUGUCAAUUCAACAACCUUUGACCUUCGAGUUCAACCAGUAUACCAAGAGUUCCUCAUCUGUGAAGAAAGAGACUACAAAAUGGGAGUCCCUCCAAAGAAUGGAGCAUUUAAAUAGUUCAGUUACUGCCUUCUCUCUACCAAUGAAAUUGCUGGAAGUGCCUCAAAUUGAAGCGUACCUAAAAUAUAUCAAUAGCUCUGAAGAACUCAGCAGUGCUCCAUCAAGAGUACCAGUGCUCAAUUCUCCUUGUGAAUUAAGAGCUGAGUUCAUGAUAAACCAGGAAAAGUCACUGAAUGCUCUCUCCGAAUUUCUAAAUGACGAAAUGAGGCUGGGAGAAGCCACCUGAACUAGUCAUACAGGCCAACAGCUUGGCAGAGUUAAUAUGUCUUCCUCGAGUACCAGUGCGAAAUCGGAAGAUUAUAAAAUUCUCGGUGGUCAGAAAGAACUUCUGGCCUCCGAAACACCAGAAAUCUUAAAGAAGUAUAAAUAUGAGCUCAGCUUUGUAUCCAGCUGAGGCCCCAACAGGAAGAAGAGAGUCAUUCAUUGCAAGUAUGCUGGCUGAAGCAAAUCUUUCAUAAAGGCCUGGAACUUUGUUGACCAUGCCAGAAUGCAUCUUGGAGAGAGGCCAUUCGCAUGCAAAUUAUGUCCUUCUCGGUUUACUCAGAAAGGUAACUUAAAGAAGCAUAUGAAAAAGCACUCCCAAGGCAAUAAGGCAUCCAGAAGGUCUCUUAAAGCUUAAUUUCCUCUUCUAAAAUAUUGCCAGUAUUUAUUGUGCUAGCUGUAGUUCCUAACUUUGUGAAAGAGAAACGCCGUGAGCCAUAUCUCUCAGCUCUAUGGUUAGAAAUUAUCCAGAAUUAAUAAGAUUUUUCGAAUAAUUUUAUAAUACCGGGAAGAACUUCUGUCCGUAGUAUCAGAAAUUCUUUCCUAUGAUGGAAACCCCUGGAUCAGUUCCGAGAAACCCUUUAUAAAUUUAGUGUUUGACAAUAAUAAGGUUUAUUUCAGUAAAACUUUAUCAAAUUUAUUAACGAGCCAGUGCUAAAAACCCUCGUUGAGACCUGACUGCUGCCAUAUCUCAAAAGAGAGGUUACUUUAAUAACCUUACCUUAGAUGAUUCCAGACAAGGCUUUGUGACAUAAGGGAGAGGAUUCCCGCACUAAUUUCCAGAACAAAAUAGGAGAAAAUAUGAUUUGUCCUGCUGAGAUUUGCUUCUAAGAGAUAUUUCUUUUGAAAAGAGAUAGUAGCAAGACCCUAUCCAUAGCAUCAAAUCUCGUCUUUCCUGAUUUAAAAGGAUCAUUACGCCAUAAGAGCAUUGGUGAAAUUCACCUGAAGAGAGGAUGAACUCAUGAAUAGUAAGCGUGCUUUAGAGUAGCACUCUAGGACUUAAUCUGGCAACAAAACUUGCACUAGACCGCACAUUU